CGCGCACUGCGCGUUCCCGCUUGGGCCUCGCGCCGACGUGCCCCUGCCAUGCCCGGCCUUUGGGAAAAAACAGCCCCGUCUGCUGCAGCUAACCAGAGCGGCUCUCAGCUACACUGUAGGCGACGCCUCUCACAACGCAUCCUCGUCGCCUGAGCCUCCACAUGAGCCCUUCUUCUGGUGUCUGCUGCACCGAUACGUUAAAUCCAGGAGAGGUGCGGCACCGGCGCGAGCCCCCGUGUGCAGCGGCUGCCAUGAGCGCUGGCGAUGUCGUCGGCCGCUGAGGAAGCGCCCGUGAUUCCGCUCUUCUACUUUCCCUACGGCCGGCCGCUGUCGCCGCUCGAAGUGGAGAUGGCCUGCCGCGAGCUCAAGCUCGCGCUCAACGACAUCGCCGGCGAUGUCCUGGGGCCCGAGGACUUCGCGCCCCUCGCGCGGGCCUGCUCCCUGCCGGGAUACUUCAAGACGGCGCUGUACCGUGCCGCCGGUGGCGACAAGGACAGGCCCGUCACCAAGGAGCGCUUCUGCAGGUACUACAGCCACCUGGUGGCCAACUUCCCGGAGGAGAGCUCCCGUGCCGUGCACGUGCUGGCACGCGACCGCGACUACCUGACGCAGGAGGACCUGCGGCCUUUGUUCGAAGACUUCUUCGCCAUGCACCCGGACAUGCGCUUUCUGGAGAAGACUCCACAGUUCCGGGAGCCGUUCAUUGCCACCGCGCUCACCAAGUACUUCUUCCAUUCGUCCCGCUCCUGGAAGAACAUGCUCAGCAUCCGGGACUUCAGGGAGAGCCACCUGUUGAGCUCCCUCCGCUGGAUGGAAGAGUCGUCGGAGCUAGACCAGAGCAUGGACGCCUUCAACUUCGGCUCCUUCUACAUGACGUACGCCAUGUUCGAGGGCCUCGACCGCGACCGGGACGGCAUGCUCAGUCCGGACGAACUGCGGAACUUCCAGGGAGGCGCCUUUACCAAUCGCGGUCUGGACAGGAUACUCUGCUCGGCGGUCAUCAAAAGGUACAAUGGCCGGCAGAUGAUGGCCCUACAAGACUUCGUCGUCUUCCACGCUGUCGAGUCCAACAAGGGGCUUCCCAAGAGCGUCGAGUUCUGGUUCCACUGCUUGGACUUCGACGGCGACGGCUUCAUCACCGUGUACGACAUGCAGUACCUCUACGAGGACAAGCGGCGCAUCGUCGAGGUGCACUUUCCCUGCUGCGACUUCGCCGAAGUGGCGCACGAGAUCUUCGAGCGCGUCAAGCCACGCAAGCCCGAGUUCAUCGCGCUGUCGGACCUCAAGCGCUGUGAACCCAGUGUGGUGUGCAUGAUUGUCAACACGUUCAUGCUCGUACCGAUGACUGUUAGGUAACUCGGCCAACCAGGCGUUCUGUCUUUUUUUCCUUUUCUUCAUCAGUGUCAUUUGAGACCUGGUUCAAGAAUCGAAGCGACAUUGGUUGUUUUCCAGGAGUGAACGACAAGCGCUGCCCAAGUGUUCACCGCUGCUGUGAAGUGCGAGAGAGACCAGAACAUCGGACACGAUUAGAAGUCCUAAACAUAAGCAAGCGGUGCGCUGUGUGCGGACGUGACCACUUUGUGCCGUGUUUCGCGCGAAUCUGGCAGUUGAAAAAUAACGGAGCCAAAAUUUGGGUUUUUCUUCUUCUCCUCUGUGAUGGAUGUAUAGUUGGAACAACGGCAAUUGCUUCGUCGUGAAAAAAAUUAUCUAGCCGUUA